AUGAGAAAGCGAAUACUAAUCAAGUACUCAGGCGACAAGGGCGAGCCUACGUGCAAACCCAAAGCAAAACGAGGUAGCGAAAUCCGGGCUGCACCUAAGCCCGUACCGACGGAGAGCAUUUAUGACGCCGACAGCAGAGAGUUCAAGAUCCUGAUGAAAGCCAGCAAGAUACCUAGUAGUGCGUGGACAGUGAGCAGGAACGGGGAGGGACACGCCAUGCGACUAAGCGUGCGGCCCAAGUUCUUCUCAGUUCCUCAUGCCAUUUACAUUGCGGGCUAUGUCGUAAUUGAAUACCAUGAUCAAGAAAUAAAGGAUCAAUGUGAGAACGCAUCGGCACUGGCCAUGGGAGGGCGCGGAGAGGUCGUACGCGUCCAGCGCCAGUGGAACCGCGAGUACAACGCCGGAGAAUACGAUUUGGUCUUCGACCCACGCCCAGACCAGAACCCGACAAGGGCAUGCACCCUUGGUGAUCACGCCGGGGCACUCAAUUGGGCGACCGCCCUCCAAAAUGCAUCCCCGCACUACAAGUAUCUCGGUCGCAUCAAACCGGGCCUGGCCAACAGCGAUAUUAUAACAGAGUCAAACAUGGUGCUCGCGAAUAUGGGGAAAUACAGUCAGAUUAGAAAUAAUUGCUUUACUUUUGUCAAGAAGAUAUACGCGGAUGAGGCCGCGUAG